AGAAGGAGGAGGAGAAAGAAGAAGAGGAGGCGGCGGCGGCGGAAGCGCGACGGAGGAGAAGGAGGUGGAGGAGGAAAAGGAAGAGAAGGAGAAGGAGACGGCAAAGACGAAGAAAUUCGAGAGGGGAGAGUGCCGGCGAUCAGAGUGGGGAGGACAAGGUAGUAGAAGGAACAAGGAGAAAAGACGGCUGUGGUAGGGGAAACGGCGAGAAUAGAGUAGAGAAACGGAGGCAGCGCGCUGAGCCACGAGGGGCUAUUCGAGCGAGAAGGGGAGGGGUGACAAGGAACCCUGGCGGGGAGGGGACGCGGAGGCCUUCGGGGGGCCGACCAACCAGACGGCCGAUGAUGUCAUCGGGGGAGGAGACCGAGUAUUUCGCCCCCUACGGAGCAACUACGGAAAGCAAGCAACAGCGACUCCAGAAGAAGCAGAAGCGCACCAGACAGCGCGUGGACGCCGGCGAGCCGCGCAACAACUACUCGAGUAUACCGCACUUCACCUCCCGGCCAUCCUUCCACAGCGGUGGUCUGUACGGUUCUAUCUUCGGCGGCAGCGGACCAACGCACCAGCAACAACAACAACCACAGUCGCAGCAACAUCAUCAGUCGCAGGCGCAACAACAACAGCAACAACAACAACAGCUCCAGCAGCCUCAAGCUGGAGCGGCAAGCAGUCAAGGUCAUUUAAGCACAGCUACCACGGGUCCUAGCACUCAGCAGCAUUCCGCCCACGCGGCUUUUGGCUUUUUCGGGGCACCGGGUUACGGCCCCGCCAAGAUGUUGAACGAGCUACUCGGACGACAGGUCAAACAGGCCAGUGACGCUGGUGGCUCACCGCCAGAGGGCGGCCACGGAAUGACUGGUGCCGGCAUGGACCCCGCUGCUAAUUUGCAAUCCGGUGCUGUAGUUAAUUGCGACGAUCCCGCCACCGCCGAGCUCACGCAGCACAUGCUCCGCGAUAUACUCCAAGGGCGCAAAAUCUCCGCGCUCGCGCUGCAAGAACAGCCAAACAACAACAACAGCAUACACAGUAACAACAACAACACCACAGCGGAUCUACUUAAAUCUCAACAACAACAUCAUCAGAGCCCUCAACAGCAUCAACAACAAAACAGUGAUAGUGCACGUAGUGGAACAGUGCAGAGUGGUGGAGAGGAAAGUGGUGAUGGAAAUAACGUCGUGAAUAACGCGAAUCACAGUGAUCGUGAUACGGUGAUGCCGGGCGAUGCCGAGGAUAGCGCCGAGGACGCAGCCGCAGCCGCACGUGCUAUGGAAGAGGCGUUCGCCGAAGCUGGUAUGGAGCCCGGAGCCAACCUCGAUGGAUCCGAUUGCGAACAGAGUUUACCUCCCAGUCCCACGCAACCAAGGUCAGGGUCCGUUUCCGUCAAGGAGGAGAUACAGGACUCGUUAAACAUCAAACGUAGUCCCAGUCACUCUCCUUGUCCGAUCGUGCCCAAAACGGAGACCAGCUCGCCAACCACGGAAACGAAGCGCGCUCGUGUCGAGAAUAUCGUCAGCACGAUGCGUAGCAGUCCAGCGCUUCAAACUGCCACUGUGAACGGUUGCAAGAAACGUAAACUCUACCAACCCCAGCAACAAACGGUGCAUCACGUCCUCCAGCACGGUGUUAACGAUACCAUGAUGGACGACGAGGAAGAGAGCGAGGAGGAGGAAGAUCCUUCGACGAUCAGGCAAAAACGCGAGGAAAAGGAUAACCUCCAGACGCAGCUGAAAAAAUUGCACGAACAAUUAGCCGUGAUGCAGCAAAAGUACAAUGAGCUUACGAGUAGAAUCGAUUCGGACGCGAGCGAAAGCAUCGGUGCUCCCUUAAGUCCUCAGCCACCGCUCAAACCACCGCAACCUCAUCCACCACCGUACAACGGACUCCCGGCCCUCCCAACCGAACACCCACACGCCGCGGCAGCCGCUAUGUAUCACAUGGGACAGAAACUCUACCUCGAACAGCAACAAGCUGCUCUGGAGAGAAUGAAGCAGCAUCAGGAAGCUACCGUCAGGCAACAGCAGCAGCAUCAACAACAGCAACAGCAGCAUCAACGACAAAGUUCUCCACCACCGCCUCCGAGUCAAGCACAACAACAGAGUCAAAGCAAUACCGGCCCGUCCACGCCGCAAACACCACAAAUGCAGCCAGCCAGUACGCCUCUUCAACAUAAAGAAUUCCAGGAAAGGAUAAAUGUUUUUAGAAGUACAGCGGCCGCAGCUAGUUCGUCGGGUCCUCACAUAACCGACGAAGAUCUACAAAGUUUGUCGGAUACGCUGAAAGCAGAGAUCACCUCGUACUUGACGAAUUUAAUCGACAAAGUGGUAACAAGGUUCAUGCAACAGAGGAGGUAUCUUGGAAAUCAAAGCGAGGCGGCGCAAGUCGCUGCCGAGCAAUUAAACAAGGACCUUUUGUUGGCCAGCCAAAUACUCGAAAGAAAAUCACCCAGGACGAAAGUAGUAGAUAGAGGAGCACCGCAACCACCCGGUGGCCCAAACGGGCCACGGGGGCCCCACAAUGGCGGGCCCCCACCUCCACAGUCUACGGGUUUCCCACAAAUCGGGUCCAUGGGUGGUGGUCCUCAUGGCCCACAUUCUGGCCCCACGGAAAACAAUCUUAACCAAAUGAAUCAACUGCCCUCACACGUGAGGUCGUGUGGCAGGAUGUUUCAGACGCCAAAACCGCCAACGAUGUACAGCAUGGCCUCUAUGCAGGCACAGCAGCAGCAACAACAACAGCAACAUCAACAGCAACGCGAACAUCAGCAGAGAGAACAGCAACAACGCGAGAAAUAUUGUAACUUGAGGGGCGACGAGAGAGAAAGCAGGGACUCGGAACAAAACGAGGCGCUCUCCCUCGUAAUGACACCGAAAAAGAAACGUCAUAAGUAUUUCCCUCCACAGGUGACGGACACGAGGCUGACGCCGAGGACGGUGUCGAGAAUCCUGGCCCAGGAAGGUGGUGGUUCGCAAGGAGGCAGCGAAAGUCCACCGCCCCCGCCUCCACCGAGAUCGUAUCAUCCGCCACCGCCGAUGCUGCCAGUGUCCCUGCCAACCAGCGUAGCGAUACCAAACCCGAGUCUUCACGAAAGUCAAGUGUUCUCGCCGUAUUCACCGUUCUUCAACCCUCAUGCGGGUCACCCAGGCCAGGUACCACCUCCAGGGCCACAUCACUUACCCGCGAGUCCUCCUGGUGGAGGUGUAGAUGUCAGGGAUUCGCCUCCACUGCCCCAUCCGCCAUCUAUAUUGCAUCCUGCCUUAUUGGCGGCUGCCCAGCAUGGCAGUCCAGACUAUGGACAUCUCAGGAUGGACAGCAACGACCGGCCCAACGACUGCAACUCCGACGACAUCAGUUACGACGGGAUUCAGCCUACAUCGUCAAUGCUGACACCGAUACAUCUGAGGAAGGCGAAGCUGAUGUUCUUCUGGGUCAGGUACCCGUCCUCGUCCAUCCUCAAGAUGUACUUCCCCGACAUCAGGUUCAAUAAGAACAACACAGCGCAGCUGGUCAAGUGGUUCUCCAACUUCCGGGAGUUCUACUACAUCCAAAUGGAGAAAUACGCGAGGCAAGCUGUUUCGGAAGGCGUGAAGAACGUAGAUGACCUACGAGUUGGAGGUGACUCGGAAAUCUAUCGAGUUCUCAACCUUCAUUACAACAGAAAUAACCAUAUUGAGGUGCCGAGCAACUUCAGGUUUGUGGUCGAACAAACGCUAAAAGAAUUCUUCAAGGCGAUUCAGGGUGGCAAGGACACCGAACAGAGCUGGAAAAAGUCCAUCUACAAAGUGAUCUCGAGGCUGGACGACCCGGUACCGGAGUACUUCAAGACCCCGAACUUCCUGCAGCAGCUCGGUUAAAUCAGGAGGUCGCGUGGCUCUUGCUCUUCGUGGUGCGCGGGCUCAUCAGCGCUCGUCGGCUCCCGGUAAAACCAAGAAACCAAAAAUAUAUAGCGAAAGAAGGAACGGUCAGCGAAGAAGGAUCGCAUCCGCCAGGAGGUACACGUCCUUCGCGUAAAGCGCGUUCAGGUAUCCUUAAACUAACAUAUCGCAAAACGAGCGUGAGAGAGAACGUGAGAGGGAGAGAAAGAAAGAGAGAGAGAGAACAUGAGAGAGUUAGGGAGAUUGUACACACAACGUUCAGGAAGAACGAACGGAACGAAUGAACACGCGACGUACGGAGGCAUCGAUCAUCAGCAGGAACGAUGAGGAGUGCCGACGAAGGAUCAGGCUGUGACCUAAUCACGAGACUAUGUCUACGCGCGAGAUGGGUGGAUAAUUAUUAUACGCUUCGUGCCUUUAAUUAGCCGAUCGAACGUCUCUCGAUCGGCACACUGUGAGUUACUAACGAGGCCACGAACUAUCCACCCUUUCCUUACCGUGGACAACACCGAUACCGAAACCGACGGUCUUUGGAGGAAGCGGAAGAAAACAGGACGAAAGCGUGGUCAACGAACGGCAAGGAAUUACACGAUACACAGCUUCGAGCGUCGAGAGUACCUAUUGUUUCGAUUUGUUGCGUACAUAAUACGGUUCACCGAUGAAUAUCGCCUAAUUUUAAGACACUCGUUUCUCCGAGUAGGCAUUAAGGAGCGUAAUAACCCGCGACGACGACCGAUGGGUGGCUUUCGUUCGAACGAACGUUGACGAGGUGUGUAAACGAUGAUAGCUAUAUUUGUUCACGUUUCUAGAGAAACCGAUGAUACUUAUUAUCUACUGAUGAUGGAGCGAGUUCCGCUGGACGGAUCCUCCGCAGCUUCCGGUUGAGAGGCAGAAGAGGAACCCUUCUCGUGGAUCUUCCGGAAACGACUCGCAACAAACGGCUAACAAAACCCUUCGUUUCGAGUCGUUUCGAAACGGUAUGGAACAACGAUGGCCAGUUUCACUCGGCAUUCGUCACGCUGCGUACCUCGUGGCAUCUUUUUUUUUUUCCUCAAAGCGCGGACCUCGUGAUUCGAUCGCACCCCUGUCGAACGUCGUCUCGGUAGCAUUAGUUUCUAUAGCGCGAUCACUGCAACAGACUGGCUCCGACACAGGGAGAGCCUGGAUGAUUCGUUGUUCCCAACGAGAAUGCUAGGAUGGCGGUUCGUACCGAAUCGACGGGAACGAAACCCGAUGUUCUUUUCUUCAACGGAAGUAACAUUUUUCCAUAAGAAAGAUAGAAACGGCCGGAACACGCAGGAAAACCUGCGUAGGAAGGCUAGCAACAUAUAAAAUCCCUUCUCUUAAGUUGUACAUAAGAUUUUUGUCUCGUAAUCGCACCAUGUCAAAAUAAACGAAAAAUCGAAGGACACGUUGGAAAUCGUCGCGAAUAUGCUUGGUUCUAUUCGAUGGAAAUUAAAACGUAGAUUAUAACCAACGAUGAACAUUCCUAACCCGGUGAAAGCCUCGAAAAUUCCGUAUUCGGACGAGCGUGACGCGCGAAUGUCGAAAAACUCGAGCGUAUCGCGAAACAAAUGUCGAUUUAACUUGGCAAGAAGGAAAAUUCUCUGUCGUUGUAUUUUUCUCGGUUCGAAGUUCGCUCUCGCGAAAACAAGAGAACGAAAACGAAACGCGAUUGUAAACGGAGAGAAAAUGUCCGCGGUGCACGUAUAAUAUUGCGCGUAAAACAAAAGUAAAUUACGUAGAGAGAUGUUUUUAUUAAUGAUUAAUUGAUAGAAUAUUAACGAGGUUAGGCUAGUCGCAGUGACAGGAGUAUGAGUAACAGGGACGACAACAGGGAGGGGCGAACGAACGCGUAAACGUACGAGAUAUUUUAACGAAAACGAUCCAGCACCGGCGAUUAAUUUUUCAGAAAUAAAUAAAACGUGUUGUAGACAUUUAGAUUCGGCAAACUUAAUUCAAACGAACAUACAUAUACGAGGAAAGGAAAAAGUAACAAUUAUCAUCGAGUAACAACGGGGAGGGAGGAGAAAGUUGAUAUAGAUUAAAAAGAGGCUAAAACAAAAACAAAAAAAAAAAAAAACAAUCGUACGCCGGUGCGUAACUAAUAUAAAGUAGAUUAUAUUAAAAACGUAUAUAUGUAUAUAUACACACAUGUAUAAAUAUAUAUAUACCUAUAUAUAUAUGAGAAAAAUUUGAAGUAUAAAAGAUAUACAUAGAUAUAUAUAUGUAUAAUUACAUAAAAUUAUAUGUAUAUAUAUAAUAGGCAUAUAAAACGAAAGACGGAUGUUGGCGCGAUUAAAAUUGCGUAAGGAAUGUGUGACAAAGGGUUAGCCACCCGCGCCUCCCUUAUUCCACUUGUAUCCGACCUAUAGCACACGACACUCGCGCGCGCGUACACAUUCAAGCACACGUAUACGCAUUCACACACUUACACGUCCACAUACACACACAUUACACGGUGUAUUAGAUACCCGUUUUCGAACGUUGUACAGACCACAUUAUACAUACACAUACGCAGAGGCAAAUGCGGAUUUUGACGCGAGAAUUCAUUGCCCGAGUCUACACAUGUUCUCUUACUACGAACGUUUGUUUUCUUUUCCCCUUAUAUACAUAUAGACGGUUUUGUAGAUAACUUAUCGUACCAUAUAAUAUGAUUAUUAUAAUUAUACAUAUGUCUCGGGUGGUAGCGAGUUCUUGUAAGUUAACCUAAUUACCUUCUCACCUUUACUACCACUAUUAUUCUCGCUAUUAUGUGCACUAUUAUUAUUAAAAUUAUUAUUAUUAUUAUUAUUAUUAUUAUUAUUAUUAUUAUUAUUAUUAUUGCUAUUACUAUUAUCAUUAUUAUCAGUACUAUUAUUAUCAGUUAUGUUAUGUAUAUUAUGUGACGAUUUUUGUUUAAAUCGCGAUUAUCACGGAGGUGAUCAGCGGUAGUCAUUGAUUUUAUUUGUUUGGCAUUGUAGUUCACCCCUAGUUUCGCGUCGCAUAAGUAUCACCGUAUCGAACGACACGAUGUCCCUUGUUCGUAAAUUCCUGUGUCCCUUUUGCAUUUCCAUUUUCCCUUUUACGUUAAGAUGAGACCCCUUCUAUCAAAACACUUUCGUACCCCGUUCAUUCAACGAUACUUUUCGUCUAUGUUUUGACAUUUUAGUUAUUAUUGUGUAUUUUAGUUAUUGUACCACGAUGAUCAUUAUUCUUAUUACCAUUAUUAUGAUUAUCAUUACAAUUAAGCAUGAGUUUAUACAAGUGUACACAACAGAGAAAGGGAGCAAAUAAAAAAAGAAAAAAAGAAAAUGAAAAGAGAGAAGAGACACGCGUACGUACACGUAUACAUACACACACACGUUUCUGUAAGCGGUGAGUCUUAACCUAGUCACGAGUCACUAAUAUUUUAAUUUUAACGAUCGAUCUAUUGAUUAUUAUUUUAUUUAUUAUUUACGAGGAAUAAAAACGACACAUUGGACUCUGAUUUGUCUUCGUUUAUUUUAUUUACCAUUAACCGCGGCCACGUUUUACGUUUUGCGUUUCAUGCUGUUGUGUUAGCGUUAUAAUAUAAACCACCGUCAUGCGUUACAUUCCCUGUUCCCAUCUCUCUUCAAGUCCCACAUCGAAAUUGUAGAUUUGAAUGCGACACCUGGCGAAUUGUCUCGAGCUCAGACGUUUCGAACAUAUUCGACUGCCGCAUACCCGGCCUACCUUCAAUCCGAAAACCGAACGAGUCUCGUAUAUCUGAAAAUGAAGAUCGCGGUGACGGUGUUCAAGCUGGAAAUCGACGUUGAUCGAGUCGAAUCGCUACGAAGAGUUAGCAAAUGAUAAAAAGAGGUUACAUAAAGUAAAACGCAGAAAAAGACGUUUAUGGGACAAGGGCUGAUGUAAAUUUAUGGAAACUUUCGACUCUUAGAUACGAUUAGACAGUGGCCUAAAAUUAACGUAGCACAUCUCCUUCGGCGUUGGCCUAAGAUUUUGGUCUAAAAAGUGUUUACGUUCGGGGAGCUAAGGAACGGAGCGGGGAUGAAACGUGUUGCAAAGAUUGAAUAUUUAACAAAUUAUUCGUUUUAGGGGAUUUUUCGAAACGACGAUCACGUACCUGCGACUCGAGAUCGCGAUUUCCGGCUGAACGAUCCGCGUUGUCCGCGUACGAUCCCCGUGCUCGUUCGGUGCUCAGUUCCUACGUUCUACUCGCAUCUGCGAUCAGCGACAACAUCAUCAUUCGCCAGGGGAAAUUUAGCAGUGAAUCUCGAGGGAGAUUUAAUCUACCAAUGCGCGAAGCGAUCGACGCGGGACAGCGAGCGCAUGUCGCAAAUCCCGCGCGUUUGCGCCUCGCAAACACAUUUGUCGAUUCGUUGAAAUUUGCCCGACAAAACUUUUCGUCGCACGCUGCUUGAUCGUUAAACGUCUAUAACUCGAUUUUUUGCAUUGGUAUAAUAGGUAUUGCUAGCCGAUAACGAUGGAAAUUCGAGACAUCUACUAGGCAAAGUGAGAGAAAAGCUGAUAGUAUUCGCUGUAAUUGUUAAGCGAAUUGAUCGUUGCGUAACGAAUUAUAAUACGGUGGAGAAAAAUUUAUCGACGUAUAAAAUUUCGAAGGAUCCUGGAGAUCGAUUAUUUUUUUACAAAUUUAUUUAAUGUUCUGUCUCUUAUUAACUGUACACGCGUGCAGAUCAACGAUCAACCGAUUAAGUGGAGACUAGUAAUUUUAUUCGCAAAACGCAUUCGUGGAUUAAACUGAGCUCGCUACCGCGAUAUUCGCAGAUAGCACUUUGCGCUUGCACGUAGCUACGCGUCAACGUCUUUCUCCAAUAAAACGGAGCAUUCUCCUCGUAACCAUAAAUGAAAAAAAAAACAUUUAACUGCCAUACACACCGUUAGCCAAAAAAAAAGAAAAAAAAACAGAAAGCAAAACUUAAAAUUAAGAAAACACUUAUCUAUAAUGGAACCGCGUAAAAAUAGUAAGCACCCUGAUACUCCGCCAUUAUUGCGACAAACAGUAACAGCCAGCCAAUAGAAAGUAAUAUCCUAAGGGAAAAACAGAAAUUAACAAACGAUCAAUAGCAGGUAAUUCGUUGAAACAGCUGAAAACAGAACCAAAGAAGCUUAAGGCUGGAGCGAAAACUCCAGCCUUCCAAUCAUCCACACGCUUAAAACAGAAAAACAGAAGCAUGCCAACAGUUGACCGACAGUUCGAAACCGGGACAAAAUCCAUUUCCAAAAACGAAAUAGAAAAAUCCCGAGUCGUCCUUCUCAUCGCAGACAGAGGCUCGCCACGUCGUUUGUGAGCGUUCUGAAAAUCUAGAUACGUUAAACACACAAUAUAUACGAUAAAAGCAGAUAAUUGAUUAAAAAAUAUCGAAAAAAAAAAGUGAAAAAAAGCAGUGGGUACUAGAAGCAACAAGAGCGAUACAUCUCCGUUAAACCGAGGAAAGCACACGUCGAAACCUAAUUCUCGUAAGCAAUAGCAGAUAAGCGAUUUUCGAUUUCUUUCUCCGUCGAUCGAGGAUCAAGGGUCCCGGCGCGAAGGACGAACCGCCACGGAUCACGCAAACGAAUCGCGAACACGUGCUCGAUGUCCGAAGACGAGAAACACAGCGAAACGGAACCGAAACCCGUGACCAGCUGCAUUCUCUCGUCUCUCGCGAAAAAUUCCUCCGCUCGAACGAUCAAAAUCGCGGCCUUCACCGUUCGUACGAGAACGAUCGAGGACCGUGAAUUUGUGAAAGCGAUCUGGAAAGGGUUGCUAAUCGUUCGGGUCGUUAUCAAUCGUUAGACAACGAGGACGUCGUUCGACGUUAUCACGGAGGCUCGUCGAGAGACGAAGAAUGAGAAAGAGAAGGAAAUUAACGCGGGCUCGAAAUUGAAGAGAACGAAAGGGAUUCCCUGUGCCGACGAAACUUUCACGGGAAAAAGAGUCCGCGCGAUUCCUGCUCGAGGUACGAAUAUGUGGAUGGCGAGACUGUGAGAAAAGGAAGAGAAACGGAGGAGAAAAAGAAGAAAGCCGAUCGACUCGCCGUUAUUACGUUUUGUGCAGCGGGGCCGUAGCACGGAGAACGAGUAGACGAGACGAAACGAGAUGACUUGAAGCAGGAGAAAGAGAAAGUGCGAGAUACGAGAGAUAAAUAAGCGAGAAGGAAACGAGUGAAUUGUUUUUAAUGAAAUGAAAAGGAAAAGGAUGGAAAUGGAAUAAUAAGCAUACGUACAUAUACCUAAACGCGUAAGUUUUAAGGAACACGUGUAAGCAGAAUUAAGUAAUAGUAUUUAACGUUAACACUUGCAAGUUAUUAAUUAUUAUAUAAACGAUUAAACUAACGGUAAUUAAUGCGAAAAAUAAGAAAACGUAAAUAUACUAAAAGACAAGCCGAGCGGAAGGUCGUAUCACGCUGCAGAGGAAGAGGAUUGUGAGCCGCUCCGUGAAAUGGGCGGGCGAAGCGAAAAAAAUACUUAAAAAAACAGAUUACACACACACACUAAUAAACUAAUUAUUAUUAUAUGAUUAUAUAUUAUUAUUACGAUUAUUACUAUCGAGUUCGAGAAUCGUCGUGAUAAAAAAUGUGGAAAAAAAAUGUAAGAAAUUAGGAAAUAGCUGUGAGAGAGUGCGGACUAAAUCCGAGCGUAAGAGAGAAUGAGCACAACGAGAACGUUGGGUGUGCGUGUUGCGAGAGAGAACGUUAGUGAGAAAUGAACACCUCGAGAGAGUUAGAACGACAGUGAGGACGAGAGAUAGAAAGAGAGACAGAGAGAGAGAGAGAGAGAGAGAAAGAGAGAGAGAGAGAGAGAGGGAAGCUGUGAAUACUUCGAAGUAUGUUCAUCGAGAAUAAUAAUUCCUCAAACUAUUAGGAGCGUAAUUAGGGUAUAUUUAUUAUAACGAAAUACGCGUUUACGGAAGAUUUACGUGACGUAAUGCAACGCACGCGACACAUAGAGCGAAAGAAUGCGUAGAGCGAGAGUAAGAGAGGAAAGAGAAAUAAAAGAUAAAGUAGGGAAGAUAUAUAAAAUCGUGUCUUUUUUUUCUUUAUCUCCGUAGAGUCCGAUAUCGCGAACACGCGAAUCGCGCCUCCCGCGGAAACGGAGUACGCGCGCGAUAUUAAAAAUUAGUCUAGGAACGAAAGAAAACGAAAACUUCGUGUUGUCUUUCUUUCUUCGUCUUUUUUUUCUUUUUUUUUUUUUCUUUUCUUGUCUUUUCGAGAAAAGUUGCGUACGACUGAAGUUAAUGCGAGAGAAAGAGAGGGAGAGAACGUGGGAAAGCAUACGGAGGAAGGGGGAGAGAGACAGCGAGUGAAAACGCGGACAGAGUGAUAGAUUAUUUAGUGACGCGAGAGAACGGUGCGAGAAGCUAUGUUUUUAAAUGCAAGGGAGCGCGUGCGUAAGGAAACUAAAAAAGAAAAAGGAAAAAGUAAAAAGAAACAAGGGAAAGAGAUAAUUGAAGAAGAUUAGAGGAGAUGAUAGAGGAGAAGAAAUUACUGAUUGUUGACACCGAGUGAGCAAACUUUCUGUGUGAUAAUCUCGUAGUACACGUAGCACGUUAAGUCUACAAUACGUUUCGGUAGGGGAUUUUUAGGUGAGAGCGACUAAAACUUUUUUAAGAAAAAUUUAAAAAAACAACAUAAAAACAUGAAAAGUCGGACGAAAUGAGAAAUUAACGCGAGGCGAAGGAGACGAUAACGUCGAGCCCUACGGUCGAGAAUUUCGAGAGGUGUCAGGUACUUUCGAAUUUUGGUGACUUCUUUCUGAAGAAUAAAAAUGGAAAAGAAAAAGGAGAAAAAGAAAAAUUCGUCGAUGGUGGAGACGCAACGUAUCCAACUAUCGACAGUGGACAUAUCAUCGCGUGUAUCGUAAUAUCGAUUCUCCGUUUUGCGAUUGGUUACAGGGAACUCGAGGAUGCCGUGGAUCACUCCGGUGCCGUCGAAUUAACCUUAAGCAAUUAGUUCUUUGAUUUAGCGAGUAAAUACGUGUUACGUAUACCGUGGAAAAUUGUUCGUUCCAGACAGCGAGAUGCGAGACUGUAUGUUUCUCGAUUUGAUUUACAGAACGGUAGAGAAGGCAGUGGAUACUCCUGCCUCGAGCACAGAGACUCGAUCCCUUGCAGGCUGCGAUAUUAAAACACGUGAUUCGUUUCUAUGUCGAUGUAAAUCGUUUCUCGUUCUUCGGUUCAUGAUUUCGCGUUAAUCGUGCAAUAGCUUGCGUUUCACCGCGGAUGAACGUUUCGCUCGUUUUCGAUUAGGGGUUGUUUGUUUAAAGGGCAACGACGAACAGAUUCAACGUGAGAAAUUUUGCAAAAAAGAACAAGGAAAAAUGAAAAGGGACUAAGAUCGAGAGAAUUAGUUUCUAAUGUCUUUGGCGCAAUUUUUGAAAAAUCUAUUUCGUGGACAAGCGUGAAAGGGAGGGAGAGAAUGAAAGAUUAAACGUGCGAAAGGGAUGAGAGCACGCGCGAAAGAGAGAACGAGCAAGUGUGAUAUGAAAAAAAUUCGUAGAGGUAGCGAAAAUUCUAAAUUAAAGUUCCUAUCGCUUCGCCUUCUAGCCUGAACGUCGGCCAGCAGCUUUAAAUAAACAACCCUCCGUCCCACACGACCACAUCAAUUGCCGUUGAACUACCUCGAAUUAUAAAAACCACUGACGGCACUCCCCCAGCGACCUAAAACCGCCUGCAAGGGGUUGACUCGCCCCUACGCCAUCCCUUCUUUCCUUCUUUUCCUACGGAACAAGCGCGCACCUUUUCAGUAGGUACACAGAUUACGAAGAACGAGAGGCUGUUGAUACUCCAGCUCUCGAAAUGUCUCAAACUCCACGAUUAGAUCCCACGGUUACGCGAUUCCUCGUCAGUUUCGGAUCUCGUCUAGUCGAUGAACGAAAAAUUUCCACGUCGCCUCGAAUCGAUCAGUUUCUCGAGCUCUAAAUCGACGAGACUCGAGGCCUGGCUAUAUACGUAGAUAACGUUAGGCCUCGAAGAAACCGAACCUCUCGGAAUUCGUCGCGCGAUCGAGGAUCCGUUCAAGUCGGGAAUCUGGGCGGGAGGGUGGGUGGGUGGGUGGGGUUUAAGGGGAUAGAGAUGGAAACCGACGAAAUUGGGAAUGGUGUAGAAGCGUGUAGGGAGCCAAGUGUCCUUGAUGCGACCGUCGUUGAAGCCACGAAAUCUCGCGAUCUCAACAGGUGAUUUUUUUCGGGAAGGUUCGAACAGAUAAAGAGAAAAGGUGAAAGGCAGAUAAGAUGAGAUAGAAAGGGGAAAGGUACGAUCAGGACUGACAACAGGCGUCUAGAAACGGUAAAAGAUCAAGGGGAAUCAGAGGGAAAAAAAGUCACGCCUGAGAAGAAAUCCAAGCGAAUUGCGAUUUCGGAACUGAGUUCGGAGCCACGGGCGAUAGACGUUCGGCGCAAACCGAUCCUAGUUGAGCAAGAGAAAGGGAGAACGAGUGAGAGCGGAUGAGUAACAGAAAGAAAAAGCGAGAGAAUGGUGACGAGCGACAGGACAGCGAACGAAAGGAGAAUCGAGCGGAUGCGAGGGAUGAUCGGGAUGACUCGAAUGAAUGCGUUGAAGAAAAAUUGAAAAGAGAAAAAGAAAUGAGAAAAAAUUAUACAGAGAGAGCCGACCUCCUUGCCUACCGGGAGGUCCGCAUAUAUAUAAAAAAAAAAAGACUAGUAAAUGAUAAAGUGGAAAGAAGAGAGAAAAUUAGGAGAGAAGACGAGAAUAGAGGAGAGGAAAGAGAAGAAAUUAUUAGACCAGUUGUAAGUGUAAGUUAAACGAGGAAUUUUCUCCCCCCCACCCUUUUCGUGCACGAUACUUUUGGCAAUUCUUUCGCUAGCGAGAGUGCGAUCGUGAAAAAGCCUUGUUACGUGUGAAUAUGUGAAAUUACAUGCGUUUACGUGUGAAUAGAUGAAACGAGAGAAGGAGAGAAAGAGCAACGGUGAGAGUGCGAGUGAUAGAGAGAUCUAUUUAAAGAAAAAAAAAAAAAGGAAACAAAAAGGAAUGAAAUAAGAGAAAAGGAAGGAAAAAAGGUAAAAGUGGAAUGAGAGAGGACGGGAUUAAAUGGCCCAUUACAGAUCCGUCGUCCGACUCAGUAGCGCUAUCGAGGAGGAUAUAAUCGAUUGCAAAGAGGCAGGCAAUACACACAAAGCACCAAGAAUGGCAGGUACUAAAAGUGUCACGAUCCAUCCAACCCUUCAGCCACCGAGUGUGAGAGCAACGAAUGACUAGCGGAAAAGUGUGAAUCUUAACCGGAUCUUGCUUGCCAGUGGAACGCAUUCCGACCCCUCCGUUUUAAUUUCAUUCGCGAAACGUCAUUCGUCGAUGUUUUCGCGAUGUUUCGCGACGUAUUUUUCAAACUGUCAAUUAUCCCUCUGUUAUACAAGCGUUGAUCAGCAACGGAAUAUAUAAAUCGUUCUGUUUUAUUUCUUCUGUCUUAUCGUCUAACUGUCAUAUAUUAAAUCGUCCGAAGGAAGAGAAAAAUGGAAGGAAAAAAUUUAAACCAGAGAAAUUAUUCGAAAGAAUUUGAUUCGUCGUCUACAGUUGCAACGUACAACUUGGAAAUGUUCGAGCGGAAAAAGAACAAACGCCGAUAGAGGCGGUUUCAAACAGGCGAUUCCGUUGCGAAAAUUCUUUCCCCGACUUUCGUCGCUGAUUUUGCCGAGUUUCCCGUAAGGGAAGAAAAGAAGAAAGGUAGAAAAUGGAAAAGAAUAAAACCGACGUUACGUCCCGAAACUUCUAAUUUAUCGUUGCGUCUGAUAUCCUUCGUCUAUGAAUGAGUCAAGGAACCGGAAGAGGGUGGUUGAAUGAUACGUGCGUGUACCCGAGAAGAACACACACGAGAUGAAUAGAUGAGAAAUUGUGUUUAAAUAUAUCUGUAAUUCCUGGCAUGUAUUACUUGCGCAUACGUCUCAACCGGCAAGUCGUGUUAGGUUAUACGUAUUAUCGUAGUAGGGAAUCGUAGGUUUAUUAAGCUAAACAUUAACAUAAACAUAACAAAACAAAUAAACAAUACAAAACUAACAGAACAAAAGUGUGAAAAACAGAACCAUGAACAAAUGAAGGAGAUGAAUUAAUAGAAGGGAAAGAAAAGAAACAAAAGCGAGGGAAGAAAAAAUAGAAAAAAAAAUGGAAUAAGAAAGAGGUGAAACUCUUAUUUAGUAAUGAAACAGAAGCAGAACACAAGCAGUAGCAGCGAAACAACAGGAAAACAAAGCGAAAUAUAAAGAAAAAUACCUACGUUGAUGUGUGAGGAUGUGAGCUAGAUCGCCGCGUUGAGUCCAAUGAAGUCCUCAGAGAUAUUAUAGAAGCGCAGACCCUCCGCAGAUUGAGGUGAAACAAUGGGACGCGAAACUGGGCAUCGCGUCGGCCAUCGUUCGUCGAUCCGGGAUUUGCAUCAGGGGUUUAUAUAGUGUUUAAAGUAUCACGCCAAAGACAGACAAUACUUUGAUAAAAAUAAAUGUUAGUCGUUAAAUUUCGUCGAAGCCUGAUCGAUCGUGGACGCGGCACGCGCGGCCCGGAGGAAACAAACUUUCGAGCAGAAAUAUUUUUUUCGAAAGGUGUAUCCGAUAGUCGACAACAGGGAAAAAAAAAAGAAUAAACGAAAACGCCGGACGACGAACGACGACGCCGAUCAUGCCCGGUCAGCUGGAACGUCUUGUAAAGAAUAUUGUGGGAAUUGUUUUUCUGCGCUCCGGCCCGAGCUCGAGCUUAUCGAGCCGAGUCGAGGCAACCUGCUCACGCAAGUACAUUUUAUGCUUCGUACCUCUGUCUCUGUUCUCUUCUCAAGAAUCCCACGCAAUGUCACGUUCUUUACAGAUAACACAGAUCACUGGUCUCCUCUCCUUUCAACAUCACUUGCAAGAUCUUCAGGAAAUUUCGUUUGACGUCGAGCGAUUUAAUCGUGAGAUACCUUUAAAACAAUGUUCCGACGAACAUUAAGCUUCGUUAGCCAAAGAUUAGUAGAAAUGUUUAAUCGAUAAUUAGUUACGAAACUUAAGUCUUAAGCAGAAGAUUACGAUGAUUGAUAAUACAAAAGAAUUAAAGAGAAAUUUCGAGCAAUUUUUUGAUUUUCGAAUAGAUUCGUUCGAAAAUGAGCCAACAGUAAAUUCGAUAAUUAAUAUCUUUGUUGUAUCACGCAUCAAGUACGAGCAGAUAUAAAAUUAAGACUCGAUUACGUCGCUCGAUCGCCGUUACAGAGACGGUUUUCGUUACAAUAGCAUCGCUGAUAGUCGUGCAGACUCCGACUUCGCGAAUCGAAGAAAUCACAGAUAUUCCGGAGAACUUGAGACAGAGGUCUUAGCUCGCCAACCUGCCUACUUUCACGCAUUAUGAUAUUUAAUGUCUAUACCACUUUCGACACGAGGACAUUCCUUUCGUACGUUUUACCGGCGUUUUACUAAGUUCGCUUUCGACACGAGAAGUUUCGGAUUGAUUCAUUGCUGUCCUAGGUUGCGCACAAGACGACACACAGAGACGUGGCGUGAAGGAACGUCCCUAUCGUUCGCACUUAACGAAGUCUGCAUGGAUGUCGUGAAAAUCGUGGAGAACGAAAGCAGGACGUUUCAUCGCGACAGAGAGCAAAAAAAUUCCGUUUUUCGGCAAACACCAAAAAGAAAAACUCAGCUCGAAUAGCUCGCGAGAGCGUGCGCGCGUGCACGCUUUCGCGCGAUGCACGCGCGAACGUUUUCGUGGCGAAUUCGGACCACACAACAAAUAAGUGUUCGUCAAGGCGGCGUACGUCGGUCGCCUAGCGGCACACCCACACACACGCGUACAGCGACACACCGUGUACACGAAUGUAGAGGGACAUACACAUACGUACGCACACACUUACAACACUCGCGGACACACACUACGCGUACACUAACACAUGACACACGUAAACGCAGUUUCGGCCAGAAUCUAAAAGACACAUCAAGGAAAAAAGUACAAGUUUAUCACGUUGCGCCUUAAUGUUAAAAUUAAAAGUUGAUCAAAAGAGUGGAAGAUGAAAGAAAGAGAAAAAAAAAAUAAUGCGAAGCGUAUUCUUAACCAAAAUCGGCCUUAGUAUAUACAUUUUUUCCGGGGCCAGCCGACGACGAACGACGAGCGACCCUCCCACUCGUCCCUAUCCCUCGAAAAUUCCUCUUUCUCUAGAUUAUAAGAUUUCUCUAGAUUAUAUCUAUAAAAAUGAUAUAUUAUAAAUAUAUGUAUACAUAUGAUAUAUAUCCGCCGGCGGCGGGACGUUUCGAAACCUCGCAGCUAACUCAGCAAUCCACCAAACUAUCGAAAGAUUUAGGGAGAACUGAAAAUGAAAAGGGAAAAAAAAAAUGAAGAAGAAAAUGACGAAGAAGAAGAAAGAAAUAGUCUUCUCAGUUCCCGCCGCGUCUGGCUGGAUUCGAAAUUCUUACGGUUCGCGUCCACGUUGAACGUGCAAAUGGUCGACACGAUUGCACACCGUAAGCGAGCCUCGCGAGGCGUCCACGCGACCAGGGUGCGACGUGGACGCGACACCUGUCUUUCAAAGUCCCUCCUCGAACGCCGGAAGGUCGUCGGUCGGUCGUCUCGCGGCCCGAACAACCCCGCUCCAGCAAACCCCGCGACAUUUGUCCAUCCACGAACCCUUUACCACAAACCCCUUACCAGAAACCCCGCUCCAAAGGAAUUCACAUCCAGCCUCCUGAAAAAUACCAAUCCUUAUCCGCUCGAGAACGAAGAGCACAAGAAGCUAGAGUGGAAACACACAGUGAAAGACAUCCAUCCGUCAGGCGAGAGAAAGAGAAGGAGAGAGGCGUUUCCUUUCUCGCGUCAAAGAAGAAAAACACUUCCUGCAUGUGUGAAGCUAAGCGACAACGCGAGUGGACGGGUCACCCGAAAUUAUUCUAAGGACUCUCGUCUUCGGGCGGGAACGCAGAUGGAUUGACGAGGACAAUAGGAAUAACGAUGACGAUAGCGGUGUUAAGGAGACGCGAGUAAGAAAGCGAAAAAGAGUGGUCGGAAGACGAGGAUAUAGAAUAAUUGCGAACGGGAGAAACGACAACAAGAUCGAACGAUACGGAAAGAAAGAUUUUGAUGGACUCGAUUGUCGACUCGCUGUUUCCCGCGGCCGGGACGAGGGAAAAUUCGCCGAAAAUCCGAGAGAAUCGAAAAGCCUGCGAUAGACAGGCAGAGAGAUAGACAGAGAGAAAGGAAGAAAGAACGAGCGAAAGAACAAAGGGAAACGAAAAAGAGCAGAGAUUUCAGGUGUUGAGGAGGGAUCGACCACGUAUUAUCUCGUCGCGUAGAUCCGCGGUAUUCUUUGCCAUCCGUUUUCAUUUUUCACGAACCGUAUAUCUCCGAGAGACUCGAACAUAACUCAGAAAAUAAGAAAGAAAGAAAAAGAAAUUAAGAGGGGCGAGGAUCAUUCGUGUUGACUGGUGCCUGUUCUGGGUGAAUUCGAACACGCGAUGCUGCGCAUCGGUGAACGGCUGAGCUCGCGACACUGGGUGCAACAACUUUACGCACGAACAGAAAAACCACGGACGAACAUCAAGAAGGAUUUAGUUCAGUUCGAUCGACCGAAACAUUGAGGAUCAAUUAUGUGUUCCUUUUUGUAUAAGUUCAAUAUACAUGACAUAUAACUGUUUCGACGAUAGAAAUUAAGAAAAACAUAUAGAUGUAUAUAUAUACACACACGUAUAUACAUAUAUGUAUAACAUUUUCAUCAAAUAGCGAAUAUUCAGGAUUACCGAAAGCAAAGAAAAAUUCCAAAUUUCCAAUUUCGAUCGACGAAAAGAUUCAUCAAAGAGCCAUUAGGACUUCAAUUCAAAGAUAUCGCAGCUUAUGUCCCCGUGUUCGUUUGCAGUCACCUUACUCGGCCGAUCUCAUCGGUCAUGUCCGCGCAUUUUGGGCCAGCUCGUGUAACUCACGUAUGUACCUAUAUUCGUUCAUGAAAACAAAGGCGAAAAGAAAAGAGAAAAGGAAACAAGUAUCAAGGAACGAUCGUUUCGGCAGACUUCUGAUAAAACGUUUAAAAUUCGUCACGGAUGUAAGUACGCGUCAUUCCAUGGACGCGCUCGUACCGAUAUCAUUGAGAAUCCCAAUAGAAACCCAGCCGCCUUCAACCCUCUGAACAACACGCGACGAUCCAACUGAACCGGUCCAAUCCGACAGAUAUGCAAAUGCAGAAAAAACCGUUCGAAGGAAUCAACGCUGGAUACACGCAACAGUUUUACCGCGACAAAACCAGCAAGCAUCAACGACCACGCAACUUAACAAUAAAUAACGCACCGCAUGCAUCACAGCCUACACACCGCACGCCGUAACAAACAGUCAAACACCGUGACAACGUUCAAACGUUCUAGGAGGAUGCGAUCAGCCUCGACGAGGCGUAAUGCCCCGCAAAAAGAUGGAUGGAGAAAACAAAAAAUAGCGUAGAGCGUCUCGGGAUCUCCCUUCGAUGAUACAUACACACACACACAUACACAAACAGUUAAAAGUUAAGGAACAAAGUAAUAAGAAAAACGAAAAAAAAUAUAAGGAAAGAAGAGUUAACGAGGAUACGAAAACUCGAUCUUCUUCGAUUAGUCUUCAGUGUACAUAGUAACGAUAUCACCGGUAGAUAAUAAUUCAGGCAGGCAAUAAUCGCAGCGACAAUUAUUGCUCGUUCGUCCGAUUCGACGAUAAUGUUGAACGUGGAAUAAUCAUUGUAAGGAGCGAUAAUAACGGCGUAUCGACGGUAAUUACCGAGGACGAUGGUGUCGGAUGCAGAUGCUCCCCGACGCUGAUCGAUAAAGGCAGCUUAAUAUUUCGUCGAUACCUUAUAACUGGAGGGUUAUCAAGAACUUGUUGAUUUCCGUUCCCACAGUUCCAUACACAUACACCACACACUUACAAAUUUCCCAUCGAUCGUUUACAGGAAAACAGAUACGUCGAACGAAUCGACGCCGUACCGGUCUUCAUUUCUCUCGCGACAAACCUCUAGACGUUCAUUCGUAUUUUACGCAUUUUCGUGCGACGCUUUAAAUUCGAAACGUUGUUGCGAUAUUGACGCCUGAUUCGGCAACGUACAACAUAGUAACGAUUUAAUCGAAUGCUUUAAGUUCGUUCACAACCGAUUACAAAGCUAUGAUUUACAGGCAAACACAUCGAACCGCGAACGAUUCGAUACCGGUUUUCAUUUCUCUACCAGGAACACUGAUCCCACGAACUCGUGGAGAAUACGCGGGAAUCAGUGAUCGAUAAAACGAUUUCAUUAACAAUUUUAUCGAGAUUUUUGAAUUUCCUUUCGGUUGAACGCGACGACGAUUAAACAGUUUUUCACAAUACCAUAAAUGCAAUAUCGAACGAGCAAAAGGUUCGAUCAACGAAUCCGGCACAGACGCACAGAGACACGAAAAUGAUCAUGCCAGCAUCAAAUAGGAUACCGAAGCUUAAACGAUGUUAAUCUUCAAACAUAGUCUCGAAUAGAAUUCUAGCUACGCACCGCUGAAAUAUACGGCAUUUCUCACGACUCAAUUCUGACGGGACAGCAUUACGAAUCGAAGCGGCGAGCAUCGUACUUCCGGCGAUCGAUCCGCGAUCAGGAAGCCGUGAAUACUAAACGAGACGCCCGUGAACCAGAGGAUCAUUAUCAGGAACGAAGAGUAGAGCCACGUGGAAGAAGACAAAGUCGCUGGCUGGCCCGGUAUGCGGGCAAACGUCGACUGGCACGACACCGAAUUCUCGCUUGAACGAGAAGAAGCCAAACCACUGGAAGCACAGCGAAUCGUGGAACAUGCACACAAACACACACGUACACGUCGACACAUAGUACACGAAAACGCAGAGAAGCGAAAAUAUAAGUGUAAGAAUCAAACGAAAGAAACCGAAGCAGAAAGAAAAAAAAAAGCAAAGGAAAAAGAAGAAUGAGAAUAAAAUGCACGACCGAUUUUUAUAAAUAAAUAGGCAUAACCGCCACCGAACAGGCAGAGAAAGAAGUGUCAAAAAAGAAGUAAGGUAUCGAACGCACGCGGGGAUAAGCGUUCUUCUCCGCGCCGAUUCGACACUACCACUUGCUAAUUAAAAAACGAAUUACCCGAGAAACCUUGCCACUUGCAAUUCGUUGAAAACGCGACGCGUUCUAAGCAAAUUCGCAUAACGUAAUAAAAGAAAGCCAAAAAAAAAAAAA